AUGUCCCUAAUGGAUACCAUAGGACAUUUUGGCCUACCAGGCACAGGACCCAAUCCUCACUCGGCAAGGAGCAAGAAACCUAAAGUGUUUGUGACAGAGGGAAUAGAUGUUGCCCUAACUGGUGUAUGUGUAUUCUUCAUUAGAUCUAGUCCUUCCAAAACCAUCACUGCAGAGAAUAUCCAUCAGGAAGUGAAUUUCAAUAUGCUGGAUACUGCUCAGGGCGGCUUACUAAAAAGUGUGCAGCAUUUGCUGUCAGAAAUCUUCAUUCCGGUCAUCAAGACUAUGAACCAAGGUUGGGGUGAGAUUGGUAGUCCUCAGCAAGCAGCUAAUAUUCGGCAGGACUUCCUUGGCUCCCUUGAGGGAUUUGUUAGUGUCUUGUCAGGAUCUCAGCAGAGUCUGAUGGAAAAGGUGAAUCUGAAAAAGUGUGACACAUAUGACUUGAAAACUCUAAAGGGACCUUCAGACUAUCUGGCUGUUGCUAACAGCACAGAAGCUCUAGAAAGAAUAGAGGCCUGCAUGAAAGUAUGGAUCAAACAAAUUGAACAGGUCCUGGCUGAAAAUGAUCAACUGAGGAAAGAAGCUGAUGACCUGGGCCCACGAGCAGAACUGGAUCACUGGAAGAAACGAUUGUCUAAAUUCAACUACCUUUUGGACCAACUGAAGAGCCCAGAUGUGAAGGCGGUGCUGGGAGUACUUGCUGCUGCUAAAUCCAGACUUCUGAAGAGCUGGCGAGAGCUGGAUACUCGCAUCACUGAUGCAGCUAAUGAAGCCAAAGACAAUGUUAAGUAUCUCUACACUCUGGAAAAAUGCUGUGACCCCCUAUAUAACAGUGACCCUGUGUCCAUGGUAGAUGCUAUUCCAGGUCUCAUAAAUGCAAUAAAAAUGAUUCACAGCAUCUCGCGUUACUACAAUACCUCUGAGAAGAUAACCUCACUGUUUGUGAAGGUAACAAAUCAGAUGAUAACAGCAUGUAAAGCUUACAUAACUAACAACAAGACUGCCACCAUCUGGGACCAGCCUCAGAAGAUAGUUAUGGAGAAGCUGCAAGCAGCUAUUAGACUUAAACAGGAGUAUCAAAAUUGUUUUCACAAGACAAAAGAAAAACUAGAACAAAAUCCAGCUGAAAGACAGUUUGAUUUUAGUGAGAUGUAUAUCUUUGGAAAAUUUGAAACAUUUCAUCGACGUCUAGUUAAAAUUAUACAUGUCUUCAGUACCAUUACAACCUACUUAGUUCUGCAAGAAUCAAAGAUUGAAGGAUUGGAAGUUAUGGCAACAAAAUAUCAGAGCAUUGUUGCCACCAUGAAGAAAAAGGAGUACAACUUCUUAGAUCAACGAAAGACUGAUUUUGACCAGGACUAUGAAGAGUUUUGCAAACAAACCAGUGACCUUCAUAAUCAGUUAAAGACCUUUAUGGACAUCACCUUUGAAAGGAUUCCAACCACUGAAAGAGCUCUUAGUAUGCUGAAGAAAUUCGAAAGAUUAGAAAUCCCCAAUCUUGGCAUUGAUGAAAAAUACCAGAAAAUCCUUCAGAACUAUGGUCAUGACAUUGAGAUGGUCUCUAAGCUGUACACUAAACAGAAAAAUGACCCUCCUUUGGCUCGUAACCUGCCACCAAUAGCUGGUAAGAUCUUGUGGGCACGCCAACUCUUCCACAGGAUCCAGGAACCAAUGGACCUCUUCCAACAGCAUCCCACUGUUCUGCAGACAGGAGAAGCCAAGCGCAUAGUUCGUAACUAUAACAAAGUGGCAAAAGUCCUCUUGGAGUUUGAGGUUAUUUAUCACAGGGGAUGGCUUCAGCAGAUUGAAGUAACGAAAACAGGGCUUCAAGCAUCCCUGCUGGUGAAGGCUCCAGAGACAGGAGAAUUAUUUGUGAAUUUUGACCCUCAGAUAUUGACUUUAAUUCGGGAAACAGAGUGCAUGGCUCACAUGCACCUUGAAAUCCCGCCUUUCGCCAUUGCUCUACAGCAAAAGCAAGACUCAUACAAGAAGAAUUUCAAUCAACUGCAGAUGAUGCUGGCAGAAUAUAAGAGAAUUAAAUCAAAAAUACAAACACCCAUUGAUCAACUAAUGGCUCCUCACUUAGCUAAUGUAGAUGAUGCUAUUCAGCCUGGUUUAACUUCACUAAACUGGACCUCCUUGAACACUGAGAAAUACAUAAAUAAUAUUUUUGACAAACUAGCUGAGCUGGAGCUGCUGCUUGAUCGACUGAAUGAUCUGAUAGAAUUUCGUAUUGAUGCUGUUCUACAAGAAAUGAGCAGUGUGCCGCUUUGUGAACUGCCAGAAGAUGAACCGCUUACCUGUGAGGAAUUUCUCCAGAUGACUAAGGAGCUCUGUGUUCAAGGUGCACAUACUUUGCAUUUGAAAAGCUCAUUGGUGGAAGAAGCAGCCAAUGAGCUGAUAAACAUGUUAUUGGACACAGAGGUGCAUUCCAAAGGAGAAAAUGAGAAGUCAAUUCUGCGUCCAGUCAAUGCUGAAACGAGUGAGGUGAAUGAAAGUACAGAGGAGGAAGGGAGAAAGGAGAAACUGGCAACCUCUCAUACAGCAAGUCAGAUUAUGGCUGGGAUGUCUCCUCCUUUAACAAAGAAGAAGAGAAAGGAGAUGGAAAUGUUAGAGGAAGAAGCCCAAGAACUGCUUACCCACUUCAAUCACCGCAAUAUUGAUGCCCUUUUGAAGGUCACUCGGAACACUCUGGAGACCAUACGCAAGCGCAUUCAUGCCUCUUCUGCGAUCAACUUCUUAGACAAUGACAGUGCUUCUAAGCAAAAACAGAGUGCUCAGCCUAUUUUUCGGACUAGCAUUAACUUGUCUAUCCCAAAUAUCGUUAUGAUGCCAGCUUUGGAUGAGGUACAGCAAACACUUAAUAAAGCUGUGGAGAGUAUUGUCAGUGUCAUGAAAGGAGUUGGUCAGUGGAGUAAAGAGAGAAUGUCUAAGAAAAAAAUGCUAGAAAGAAAAAUAGCUGCUUUGCGGCGCAGUAGCGAAGACAGUGAUUCUGAUGAUGGAAUGAGAGAGACUGGAGUAAAAAAUGCUCAGGAUACCACCUCAGAAAUAGCAACUGCAAACUUGCCUGCUCCGGUGCAAAACAAAAACUACUACAAAAGUGUUUCUGAGAACAAGGAAAUUAUUAAAUUGGUCUCUGUACUUAGUACUGUCCUCAGUUCUACCAAAAAGGAGGUUCUUACAGCUCUGGAGCGUUUCAAAUGUUAUGACCACAUCUGGCAAAGGAAGAAGGAGGAAACCAUCAAUAAGUUCAUAACAGGGAAUCCUUUACUCUCUGAAUUUGAGUCCCAGAUCCUCCAUUUCAGAGACUUGGAGCUGGAGAUAAACUUGGAGCCUGAAUACAUCUGUGUGGGAGCUAUGGCACUAUAUAGUGCUGACCUGAAGCUAGCACUGGCUGCAGAAACUAAGGCUUGGAUGAUUGAGUUGGGGCGUCACUGUAACAAGAAAUACAGAACUGAGAUGGAAAACAUUUUCACAUUUGUAGAGGAAAUCGGCAAGAAACUGAAUCGACAAAUUAAGGAUUUGGAUGACAUAAGAAUAGCUAUGGCUGCAUUAAAAGAGAUUAGAGAGCAACAAAUCCCCAUAGACUUCCAAGUGGUACCUAUUGAGGAAUCCUAUGCAAUGUUAAACAAAUAUGAGCUGCUGGUGGCAAAGGAAGAGAUGGAGAAGGUGGACACCCUGCGCUAUAUCUGGGAGAAGCUUCUGGUCCGGGCAAAUGAAGUGCAGAAUGAGCUAGUAGCUUUGCAGCCCAACUUCAGGGGAGAAUUAAUUAGCACUGUGGAGAUAUUCACUGAAGAUUGUCAUCAGUACUAUGCAGACUACGACAAGAAUGGACCAAUGGCGGUUGGUCUUGAGCCUCAGGAAGCCAGUGACAGGCUUAUCAUGUUCCAGAACCGAUUUGACAGCCUCUAUCGAAAAUACAUUACCUACACUGGUGGGGAAGAACUUUUUGGUUUGCCUGUUACCCAGUAUCCUCAGCUACUUGAGAUAAAGACGCAGCUGACCCUGCUACAGAAACUUUACAGCCUGUACAACAAUGUUAUUGACACGGUCAAUGGCUACUACGAUAUCCUCUGGUCAGAAGUUAACAUUGUGAAAAUAAAUAAUGAACUUCUGGAGUUUCAGAACAGGUGUCGCAAACUUCCUCGUGCUUUAAAGGAAUGGCCGGCAUUUUUGGAUCUAAAGAAGACAAUUGAUGAUUUCAAUGAGUGCUGCCCUUUGCUUGAGCUUAUGUCAAAUAAGGCCAUGAUGGCUCGGCACUGGAAGAGGAUUACAGAUCUCACUGAACACAGCUUUGAGGUGGAAAGCGAAACCUUCAAAUUGAGGAAUAUCAUGGAAGCACCUCUGCUGAAAUAUAAAGAGGAAAUUGAGGAUAUUUGCAUUAGUGCGGUGAAGGAGAGAGACAUUGAGCAGAAACUGAAACAGGUGAUUGCUGAGUGGGACAACAAAACUUUCACCUUUGCCAACUUUAAAACUCGUGGUGAGCUGCUCUUGAGAGGAGACAGCACUUCAGAAACGAUUGCUAGCAUGGAGGAUAGCUUGAUGGUUCUGGGCUCUCUCUUGAGCAACAGGUACAACACCCCAUUCAAGGCGCAGAUCCAAAAAUGGGUACACUACCUUUCCAGCACAACAGACAUAAUUGAGAACUGGAUGACAGUGCAGAACUUGUGGAUUUAUUUGGAGGCUGUUUUUGUGGGCGGAGACAUUGCGAAGCAGCUUCCAAAGGAAGCCAAGCGUUUCUCUAACAUAGAUAAAUCAUGGGUGAAGAUCUUGACGCGGGCCCAUGAGAUGCCAAAUGUGGUCCAAUGCUGUGUUGGAGAUGAAACCAUGGGGCAGCUUCUGCCACACUUGUUAGAACAGCUCGAAAUCUGUCAAAAGUCACUUACAGGGUACCUUGAGAAAAAACGACUUUCCUUUCCUCGGUUCUUCUUUGUGUCGGACCCUGCUCUCUUGGAGAUACUUGGCCAGGCAUCAGACUCUCACACUAUACAGGCUCACCUGCUGAAUGUCUUUGACAACAUUAAAACUGUCAGGUUCCAUGAAAAGAUAUAUGAUCGCAUUCUGUCAAUUUGUUCUCGAGAGGGUGAGACAAUUGACUUGGAUAAACCUGUAAAGGCUGAGGGUAAUGUGGAAGUCUGGCUCAAUUCUCUCUUAAAGGAAUCCCAAUCCUCAUUACAUAUUGUCAUUCACCAGGCAGCCAUGGAUAUCCAGGAAACUGGAUUCCAGUUGAUUGAAUUUCUUUCUUCUUUCCCAGCCCAGGUUGGGUUAUUGGGGAUCCAAAUGAUUUGGACAAGAGACUCAGAAGAGGCAUUGACUAAUGCCAGAUAUGAUAAAAAAAUAAUGCAGAAGACAAACCAAUCUUUCUUAGACCUGCUGAACACUCUGAUAGACAUGACAACCAAAGACCUCAGUCCAGUGGAGCGAAUUAAAUAUGAGACACUAAUCACUAUCCACGUGCACCAGAGGGACAUCUUUGAUGAUCUGUGCCGUAUGCACAUCAAGAACCCUACAGACUUUGAGUGGUUGAAACAAUGUAGAUUUUACUUCAAAGAAGAUUCCGACAAGAUGAUAAUUAACAUCACUGAUGUGGGUUUUACAUACCAGAAUGAAUUCUUAGGCUGUACUGACAGGCUUGUCAUAACUCCUCUCACUGACCGAUGUUACAUCACUUUGGCUCAGGCCCUGGGAAUGAACAUGGGUGGAGCACCUGCUGGACCUGCAGGGACAGGCAAAACUGAAACUACUAAAGAUAUGGGAAGAUGCCUUGGUAAAUAUGUAGUAGUCUUCAACUGUUCAGACCAGAUGGAUUUCAGAGGACUAGGAAGAAUCUUCAAAGGUCUUGCUCAGUCUGGCUCCUGGGGCUGCUUUGAUGAAUUUAACCGUAUCGACUUACCUGUAUUAUCAGUAGCUGCACAGCAAAUUGCAAUUGUGUUGACAUGUAAGAAGGAGCGUAAAAAGAACUUUAUAUUUACUGAUGGAGAUAAUGUGGAAAUGAACCCUGAAUUUGGAAUAUUUCUUACUAUGAACCCAGGAUACGCUGGGCGACAAGAGUUGCCUGAAAACUUGAAGAUAAACUUCCGUUCAGUGGCCAUGAUGGUUCCUGAUCGUCAGAUAAUAAUUCGUGUCAAACUGGCUAGCUGUGGAUUCAUAGAUAACAUCAUACUGGCAAGGAAAUUCUUCACUCUGUACAAGCUGUGUGAGGAGCAGCUAUCUAAGCAGGUGCAUUAUGACUUUGGUUUGAGGAAUAUAUUGUCAGUGCUGCGCACGCUGGGGGCAGCAAAAAGAGCAAACCCCGCUGAUACAGAAUCUACUAUUGUCAUGCGUGUUCUGAGAGAUAUGAACCUUUCUAAAUUGAUUGAUGAAGAUGAACCCUUGUUCUUGAGUCUGAUUGAAGACCUGUUUCCAAGUAUACAGCUUGACAAAGCAGGCUAUCCAGAACUAGAAGCUGCCAUUAACAAACAGGUUGAAGAAGCUGGCCUAAUUAGUCAUCCUCCUUGGAAACUGAAAGUUAUCCAGCUGUAUGAAACGCAGAAAGUAAGGCAUGGAAUGAUGGCCUUAGGUCCUAGUGGGGCAGGUAAAAGUACUUGCAUCCACAUUCUGAUGAAAUCCAUGACAGAUUGCGGACAGCCACACCGUGAAAUGAGAAUGAAUCCCAAAGCUAUCACAGCACCUCAGAUGUUUGGUCGCCUUGAUGUAGCAACCAAUGACUGGACAGAUGGGAUUUUCUCCACUCUGUGGAGGAAAACUUUGAGAGCCAAGAAAGGUGAGCACAUCUGGAUAGUUCUUGAUGGUCCUGUUGAUGCUAUUUGGAUUGAGAACCUGAACUCUGUACUGGAUGAUAAUAGAACCCUAACACUAGCUAAUGGAGACCGUAUUCCGAUGGCACCAAACUGUAAAAUAGUGUUUGAGCCUCAUAAUAUUGACAAUGCUUCCCCUGCUACUGUAUCAAGGAAUGGCAUGGUUUUCAUGAGUUCAUCAGUUCUCAACUGGAGCCCCGUUCUUGAGGGCUUUUUGAAAAAACGUUCUCCUCAAGAAGCUGAAAUUCUGCGUCAGCUGUACACUUCAUCAUUCCCAGAACUCUACCGCUUCAGCAUCCAGACCUUGGAAUAUCAGAUAGAGAUGCUGGAGGCCUUUGUGAUCAUGCAAAGCAUUAACAUGCUGCAGGGACUUAUCCCUCUGAAGGAGCAAGGAGGGGAAGUAACACCAGAGUACCUGGAAAGGCUGUACGUCUUCUCCCUCAUGUGGAGUGUUGGAGCAUUGCUGGAAUUGGAAGACAGAUGCAAAAUGGAGCACUGGCUUCGUAAUCAUAAAAAAAUAAAGCUUGAUCUUCCCCAUAUCUCAGAAGGAAGUGAAGAUACCAUGUUUGACUACUAUGUGGCAACUGAUGGUAAAUGGAUGCACUGGAGUACUCGUGUUGAAGAGUAUGUGUACCCCACUAACAGCAUUCCAGAGUAUAGUUCCAUCUUGGUGCCAAAUGUCGACAACGUGAGAACAGACUUCCUUAUUGAAACAAUUGCUGGGCAGGGCAAGGCUGUGCUACUAAUUGGUGAGCAAGGAACUGCUAAAACUGUCAUCAUCAAAGGAUUCAUGUCAAAAUAUAAUCCUGAAAGCCACAUGGCCAAGAGUCUGAACUUUUCAUCUGCAACUACCCCAUUAAUGUUCCAGCGUACAAUAGAGAGUUAUGUGGACAAACGCAUGGGGACGACAUAUGGUCCUCCUGCAGGCAAGAAGAUGACUGUCUUCAUUGAUGAUGUGAAUAUGCCUGUAAUCAAUGAGUGGGGAGAUCAGGUCACCAAUGAGAUAGUUCGACAGCUGAUGGAACAGAAUGGGUUCUAUAACCUGGAGAAACCAGGGGAGUUUACCAACAUCGUUGAUAUCCAGUUCUUGGCAGCCAUGAUCCACCCUGGUGGAGGUCGCAAUGACAUCCCACAGAGACUAAAGAGACAUUUUUCCAUAUUCAACUGUACUCUGCCGUCCAAUUCUUCCAUUGACAAGAUCUUUGGUGUGAUUGGCAUAGGGCAUUAUUGUAGUCAGCGGGGCUUCUCAGAAGAGGUGAGAAGAUCAGUAGCCAAAUUGGUGCCACUGACACGCAGGUUAUGGCAGAUGACCAAGAUCAAAAUGUUACCCACUCCAGCCAAGUUCCAUUAUGUCUUCAAUCUACGAGAUCUCUCAAGGAUUUGGCAGGGGAUGCUAAAUACCGUAUCGGAAGUAAUCAGUGAACCUAAUGUGUUGAUAAAGUUGUGGAAGCAUGAAUGUAAGUGUGUUAUUGCUGAUCGUUUCACAACCCCAGCGGAUGUAGAUUGGUUUGAUACAGCUUUGGCAAAAUUGGUUGAGGAGGAGUUCGGUGAAGAGAAAAAGGCUUUAGUGGAUUCGGAAACUGAUGCUUACUUUGUUGACUUCUUAAGGGAUCCACCUGAAGCAACAGGUGAAGAGCCAGAAGAAACUGUCUUUGAUAUGCCUAAAAUCUAUGAGCCAAUUGAAUCUUUUAAUCACCUAAAGGACCGUUUAAAUAUGUUUCUACAAACAUACAACGAGAGCAUUCGGGGUGCACGUCUGGACAUGGUGUUCUUCAAAGAUGCUAUGAUUCAUUUAGUCAAGAUUUCUCGUGUGAUUCGCACCCCUCGUGGAAAUGCUCUCCUCGUUGGAGUUGGUGGCUCAGGAAAGCAGAGCUUGACUAAACUGGCAUCAUUCAUAGCUGGCUAUGCUACAUUCCAGAUCACUUUAACAAGAUCAUACAACACUUCAAACCUGAUGGAAGACCUGAAGCUCUUGUACAGGACAGCAGGGCUACAAGGAAAGGGCAUCAGCUUCAUUUUUACAGAUAAUGAGAUCAAAGAUGAGUCUUUCUUAGAAUACCUGAAUAAUGUUUUAUCAUCUGGAGAGGUCUCCAACUUGUUUGCACGUGAUGAAAUUGAUGAAAUCACUAGUGAUCUCAUACCUGUCAUGAAAAAGGAACACCCACGUCGACCUCCAACCAAUGAGAAUUUGUAUGAAUAUUUCAUGACCAGAGUCCGUCAGAACCUCCAUGUAAUACUUUGUUUUUCACCAGUGGGUGAAAAAUUCCGAAACAGAGCCCUGAAGUUCCCUGCCCUUAUUUCUGGUUGUACUACAGACUGGUUCAGCCGGUGGCCUAAGGAUGCACUGGUUGCAGUAUCUGAACACUUCCUAUCCUCAUAUGAAAUUGACUGCACCACUGAAACCAAGAAGGAGGUGGUGCAAUGUAUGGGCUCCUUCCAGGAUGGGGUAGCAGAGAAGUGUGUUGACUACUUCCAGAGAUAUAGACGUUCUACACAUGUGACUCCAAAAUCCUACCUAUCCUUUAUUCAGGGAUAUAAAGCUACCUACAAAGAAAAGCAUGCUGAGGUGAAGUCAUUGGCCAAUAGAAUGAAUACUGGAUUGGAGAAACUGAAAGAGGCAUCUGAAUCAGUGGCUGCUCUAAGCACAGAGCUGGAGGUUAAAGAAAAGGAGCUUCAGGUUGCUAAUGAAAAAGCUGACAUGGUUUUGAAAGAAGUCACUGUGAAAGCACAAGCUGCUGAGAAGGUGAAAGCUGAAGUACAGAAAGUGAAAGAUAAAGCCCAGGCUAUUGUAGACAGCAUUUCAGCAGAUAAAGCCAUUGCUGAAGAAAAGUUGGAGGCUGCUAAGCCUGCUUUAGAAGAGGCAGAGGCAGCUUUAAAGACAAUCAAACCUGCAGACAUUGCCACUGUCCGUACACUGGGCCGACCUCCUCAUCUUAUCAUGCGUAUUAUGGACUGCGUGCUCCUGCUGUUCCAGAGAAAAGUGAACAGUGUGAAAGUGGACCAGGAGAAAAGCUGCACCAUCCCAUCGUGGCAGGAAUCACUGAAAUUGAUGACAGCAGGAAACUUCUUACAGAACCUGCAGCAAUUCCCAAAAGAUACAAUCAACGAAGAAGUUGUGGAGUUUUUGAAUCCUUACUUUGAAAUGGUAGACUAUAACAUUGAGACGGCAAAGCGAGUGUGUGGGAAUGUUUCUGGCCUCUGCUCAUGGACCAAGGCUAUGGCUGCAUUUUUUUCUAUCAACAAAGAAGUGUUACCCUUAAAGGCUAAUUUGGCAGUCCAGGAGAAUCGCCUUGCCACUGCCAUGCUAGAUCUGCAGAAAGCCCAAGCAGAGUUGGAUGACAAGCAAGCUGAAUUAGAUUUUGUACAGGCAGAAUAUGAAAAAGCCAUGAGGGAAAAACAGACCUUACUUGAAGAUGCAGAACGUUGCAGACAUAAGAUGCAAACAGCCUCCAGUCUUAUAAGUGGUCUAGCAGGUGAAAAAGAGAGAUGGACUGAACAGAGUAAAGAGUUUGCUGCACAAACUAAGAGGCUUGUGGGAGAUGUGUUGCUGGCUACAGCUUUUCUAUCGUAUUCUGGUCCUUUUAACCAAGAGUUCCGCAAUCUGUUGUUAAAUGAUUGGCAAAAGGAAAUGAAAACCCGGAAAAUCCCAUUUGGCAACAACCUAAACCUUACAGAGAUGUUGAUUGAUGCUCCGACCAUCAGUGAGUGGAACCUCCAAGGAUUGCCAAACGAUGACCUAUCCAUACAGAAUGGAAUUAUUGCCACGAAAGCAGCUCGUUAUCCUUUGUUAAUUGAUCCACAGACUCAGGGCAAAAUUUGGAUUAAAAAUAAGGAAACCAAGAAUGAACUUCAGAUCACAUAUCUGAAUCACAAGUAUUUCAGAAACCACUUAGAGGACAGCCUUUCUCUUGGAAGGCCACUGCUGAUUGAAGAUGUUGGGGAAGAGCUUGAUCCAGCAUUGGAUAAUGUUUUGGAGAAAAACUUCAUCAAAACUGGUUCUUCCUAUAAGGUAAAAGUUGGUGAUAAAGAAGUAGAUGUCAUGAAUGGCUUCAGACUUUACAUCACCACCAAGCUCCCAAAUCCAGCAUAUACCCCUGAAAUUAGUGCCCGCACAUCCAUUAUUGACUUUACUGUGACCAUGAAAGGUCUAGAAGAUCAACUCCUAGGGAGAGUCAUUCUCACAGAGAAACAGGAACUAGAGAAAGAGAGAACUGAUCUCAUGGAAGAUGUGACAGCCAACAAGAGAAGGAUGAAAGAGCUGGAAGAUAACUUGCUCUAUCGACUGACAAGCACACAGGGUUCUCUGGUGGAGGAUGAGAGUCUGAUCACUGUAUUGAGUAACACCAAGAAGACUGCUGAGGAAGUGACACAGAAACUGCAGAUUUCUGCUGAGACUGAAAUACAGAUCAACUCAGCCCGUGAGGAGUACAGACCCGUUGCAACAAGAGGGAGCAUCCUAUAUUUCCUUAUAACUGAGAUGAGUAUGGUCAAUGUGAUGUAUCAGACUUCUCUUCGACAGUUUCUGGGACUCUUUGACCUUUCUCUAGCCAGGUCUGUCAAGAGCCCAAUUACGAGUAAGAGAAUUGCUAAUAUAAUUGAGCAUAUGACCUAUGAAGUAUAUAAGUAUGCUGCCAGGGGACUUUAUGAGGAGCACAAAUUCCUGUUCACCUUACUGCUUACCUUGAAAAUAGACAUGCAGAGAAACAGAGUGAAGCAUGAAGAGUUCCUGACACUUAUUAAAGGUGGUGCUUCUCUGGACCUUAAAGCUUGUCCUCCUAAACCAUCUAAAUGGAUCCUGGAUAUGACUUGGCUGAACCUGGUGGAACUCAGUAAGCUUAGACAAUUCUCAGAUGUUUUGGACCAAAUUUCAAGAACAGAGAAACAAUGGAAAAUCUGGUUUGAUAAGGAGAAUCCAGAGGAAGAACUUGUUCCCAGUGGCUAUGAUCAAUCUCUGGACUGCUUCAGACGUCUCCUCCUUAUUAGAUCCUGGUGUCCUGAUAGAACCAUAGCUCAGGCCAGGAAGUAUAUCAUGGAUACCAUGGGGGAAAAAUAUGCAGAAGGAGUCAUCUUGGACUUGGAGAAGACAUGGGAAGAAUCAGAUCCACGUACUCCUCUCAUCUGCUUUCUUUCUAUGGGUUCUGAUCCUACCGACUCAAUCAUUGCUCUGGGGAAAAGACUGAAGACAGAGACACGUUAUGUUUCCAUGGGUCAGGGACAAGAAGUCCAUGCUCGUAAACUUCUACAGCAGACCAUGGCACAUGGAGGAUGGGCACUUCUUCAGAACUGCCACCUGGGGCUUGACUUUUUGGAUGAGCUGAUGGACACUAUUAUAGAAACUGAGACUGUCCAUGAGAACUUUCGCUUGUGGAUGACCACUGAGGUUCACCGGCAGUUCCCCAUUACCCUUCUUCAAAUGUCCAUUAAAUUCACCAAUGAACCUCCACAGGGGCUCAAAGCUGGUCUGAAGAGAACAUAUGGUGGUGUGAGCCAAGAUCUCCUGGAUGUCAGUAACAUGGUGCAAUGGAAACCAAUGUUAUACGCUGUUGGUUUCCUGCACUCCACAGUUCAAGAAAGACGCAAAUUUGGACCACUAGGUUGGAACAUCCCCUAUGAGUUUAACCAGGCUGACUUUAAUGCCACUGUGCAGUUCAUCCAGAAUCAUUUAGAUGACAUGGACAUCAAGAAGGGUGUCUCCUGGAAUACUGUUCGCUACAUGGUAGGCGAGAUCCAGUAUGGAGGUCGAGUGACUGAUGACUAUGACAAAAGACUGCUGAACACAUUUGCUAAAGUCUGGUUCAGUGAAAACAUGUUCAGUCAAGACUUCUGCUUUUACAAAGGGUACAGCAUACCCAAAUGUACCACAGUGGAUCAGUACCUUCAGUACAUACAGAGCCUGCCCGCUUAUGACACUCCUGAGGUAUUUGGGCUGCAUCCCAAUGCUGAUAUCACUUACCAAAGCAAGCUUGCCAAGGAUGUGUUGGAUACCAUCCUCAGUAUUCAACCUAAAGACAGUUCCAGUGGAGGAGGCGAGACUAGAGAGGCGGUGGUAGCUAGAUUGGCUGAUGAUAUGUUGGAGAAGCUUCCUGAUGAUUAUGCACCGUUUGAAGUAAAGGAAAGGCUGCAGAAGAUGGGACCGUUCCAGCCUAUGAACAUCUUCUUGAGACAGGAGGUAGACAGAAUGCAGAAGGUUAUCACCUUAGUGCGAAGCACUCUGACUGAUCUCAAACUUGCCAUUGAUGGGACCAUCAUCAUGAGUGAAAAUCUGAGGGAUGCUUUGGAUUGCAUGUAUGAUGCAAGAAUUCCUACCCGUUGGGAAAAGGGAUCUUGGGCUUCCAGCACACUAGGUUUCUGGUUUACUGAACUUCUGGAAAGAAACAGUCAGUUUUACUGCUGGAUAUUUGAGGGCCGACCAAAUUGCUUCUGGAUGACAGGGUUCUUUAACCCGCAAGGAUUUUUGACUGCAAUGAGACAGGAAAUAACUCGAGCCAACAAAGGGUGGGCACUUGAUAGUGUAGCACUGUGCAAUGAAGUCACCAAGUGGAUGAAGGAUGACAUCACAACUCCUCCUCCUGAGGGCGUCUAUGUAUACGGACUCUAUCUAGAAGGAGCUGGUUGGGACAGAAGAAAUUUAAAAAUCAUUGAGUCUAAGCCCAAGGUGCUCUUUGAAAUGAUGCCUGUCAUACGGAUUUAUGCAGAGAACAACACUUCAAAAGAUCCUCGUCUGUACUCGUGUCCAAUCUACAAAAAACCACAUCGAACAGACCUGAAUUAUGUUGCUGCUGUGGACCUUAAAACCAUCCAACCUCCAGAGCAUUGGAUACUGCGUGGUGUAGCACUUCUUUGUGAUGUCAAGUAAUGUUAAAUCAAUUUUCACUUUUUCCCCCCAGUGUUUCUCACCAGGAUUUUAAGAGGGUUUUUUUCUGCACAUAAUUUUAACAUGAACACUAAUGAGGUAAUGAGCUUGAUGAUGGAUCACAGAUUUUUCUUUUUGGUAGUUGUGCUCCCCCUUUAUUCCACUCCUGCUUUAUCUAUUAGAAGUUAGUGGGCUAAAGACAUGUACUAGAAGAUAAGUCUCUUGGGCCUGGAUGGCUCAACUGACUGACUAUACCCACUCCUAUUCACCUCUCAGGGCUUGUUUUCACUAGAAAAUUGGGUCAUUUGAACAAAUGCUGUAUUAAACACAACAUAGCCAUGAGUGUAAAUGGGCUAGCUGUCCUUAGCAUUGUCAGCUGGUCAUGGCUAAUGCUGUUGUUCCAGCAGUGCUUAUCUGCAACCAGAUUACAAUUUUAAGCACACAAAUCCUGUCAAUGCUGACAGCUAGGGUGUGUUAAAUGUUGUGUUAGUUAGCACAACUCCUCAAUAUCGUAUUCCAGGUUGACUCAGUUUUCUAGUGAGAACCAGUCUGAAUCCGGCCCUAGGUCAGUGGUAAAUGCAAAGUGGUAUGCAGUCCGAUCGCUGCUUGGGGUUUGUGUGAAAUGAGUUUGUAGUGUCAGUCCAAUUCCUACUUGGACAGAGGUGCACAUCACAGAGGCCAUCACCCUAACAAAUAUGAGUCUCAUGGAAGUCUCAGCACAGAGGGUAAAAAUGGAAUGGGCAUUCACUUUUUUAGCACCUAGAGGUAGGGAGGCUGUUAGUUCAGUGUGGGAAGCUAGCAUUUCCUCCUUAUGCCUUAAUUAACAUAGCACUUUGCUGUCAUUCUGCCUCACUAAUGCACUAAAUUCAUUUAAAAAUUCUGUUUACCAGAAAAGUCUUAUUUUCUAUUCUGAGAAUUGUGGGCCAUGAGUAUUUGGAGUAUUCUCAUAAAACAAGAGUAAAUUAAUAGGCAGCAGGUUUAAAACAAACAAUAGGAAGUAUUUCUUCACACAAUGCACAGUCAACCUGUGGAACUGUUUGCCCGAGGGUGUUGUGAAGGCCAAGACUAUAACAGGGUUCAAAAA